AUGGGUUUGUUACCAACUGAUAAGUUUGCUACAAAGGCUAUUCACGCCGGUACUCACGUGGAUGUUCACGGUUCUGUCAUUGAACCAAUUUCUUUGUCUACUACUUUCAAGCAGUCUGCUCCAGCUCAACCAAUUGGUGAAUACGAAUACUCUAGAUCUCAAAAUCCAAAUAGAAAGAAUUUGGAAGAUGCCAUUGCUGCUUUGGAAAAUGGUAAAUACGGUUUAGCGUUCUCUAGUGGUUCCGCCACCACUGCUGUGAUUCUACAAUCCUUGCCACAAGGUUCUCAUGCAGUUUCUAUUGGUGAUGUUUACGGUGGUACUCACAGAUACUUCACCAAAGUUGCCAAUGCUCAUGGUGUUGAAACCACUUUCACCAACAACUUGGUAGCUGAGUUGCCAUCUUUGAUCAAGGAAAACACUAAAUUGGUUUGGAUUGAAACCCCAACUAACCCAACUUUAAAAGUUACUGAUAUCGAAUUAGUAGCCAAGACCGCUAAGUCCAUUAAUAAGGAUAUCCUACUGGUUGUUGACAACACUUUCCUAUCUCCAUAUUUGUCUAACCCUCUGAACUUCGGUGCUGACAUCGUCGUCCACUCUGCUACUAAAUACAUUAACGGUCACUCUGACGUCGUCUUGGGUGUCUUAGCUACCAACGACAAAGUCAUCUACGAAAAGUUGCAAUUUUUGCAAAACGCUAUUGGUGCCAUUCCAUCACCAUUUGAUUCUUGGUUGGUACACCGUGGUGUCAAGACUUUGCACUUGAGAGUUAGACAAGCUUCUUUGUCCGCUCACAAGAUUGCUGAAUUCUUAUCCUCUAACGAAAAUGUCAUCGCAGUUAAUUACCCAGGUUUACCAACUCACGAAAGUUAUGCAGUCGUUAAGAAACAACACCGCGAUGCUCUAGGUGGUGGUAUGAUCUCCUUCAGAAUCAAAGGUGGUGCAGAAGCUGCUUCUACCUUCUCAUCUUCUACCAGAUUAUUCACUCUGGCUGAAUCUCUUGGUGGUAUCGAAUCCCUAUUGGAAGUUCCUGCCGUCAUGACCCACGGUGGUAUCCCAAAGGAGCAAAGAGAAGCAUCCGGUGUUUACGACGAUUUGGUCAGAUUAUCCAUUGGUAUUGAGGAUACAGAUGAUCUAUUGGAAGAUAUUAAGCAAGCUCUUGCAUCCGCAUCCAACUAA